CACGCCAAACACGCAGCCCCUCCUGCCUGAGUGAUAACUGACCUGCGUGCUCUAGGCUGUUGUCCCUUUAAAAUUCGAAUCCAAGGGGGUAAUGAUUUAUCAAACUUGUAUUAUCAAGAAGAUGUCAACCAAAGGGCACCUUGCUUUGCACUGACGCAAACCCGGCCUUUCCCAAGGAGAUAUAGAAAGCGCCUCUCCUACCUGAGCCAAAUCCAGUCUUGUCAAUAGCGGAUUUCACUCUACCGCUUCAAUCUGUUGCCUGUGUCAGACAUGGAUUGCAGUGCUCCCAAGGAAAUGAAUAAACAACCAGUCAACAGCCUGGAGGCGGCGGCGCCGGGCCACCGAGAUAAUCCGAGCGCGCCCAGGACCAGCCCGGAGCUGGAGCUUGCGGCCGCCGCAGCCGCCCCGCCGCCACGUGUGCCCAGGUCCGCUUCCACCGGCGCCCAAACUUUCCAAUCCGCGGAUGCGCGAGCCUGCGAGGCCGAGCGGCCGGGAGUAGGGUUUUGCAAACUCAGUAGCCCCCGGGCGCAGGCGGCCUCAGCGGCCCUCCAGAACUUAAGCGAAGGGCACAGCGCGCAGGCCAACCCCCCUUCUACCGGCGCGGGAACCGGCAACGGGCUGCACUGUAAGAUCUCAGCUCUGCACGGCCCAGAGGAAGAUGCAAGCGUGAGUGUGGGCAAGGGCACGCUGGAGCACAACAAUACCCCGGCAGUGGGCUGGGUGAACAUGAGCCAGAGCACCGUGGUGCUGGGCACCGAUGGAAUCGCGUCGGUGCUCCCGGGCAGCGUGGCCACCUCUGCCACACAGGAGGACGAGCAAGGGGAUGAGAAUAAGGCCCGAGGGAACUGGUCCAGCAAACUGGACUUCAUCCUGUCCAUGGUGGGGUAUGCAGUGGGGCUGGGCAAUGUCUGGAGGUUUCCCUACCUGGCCUUCCAGAACGGGGGAGGUGCUUUCCUCAUCCCUUACCUGAUGAUGCUGGCCCUGGCUGGGUUGCCUAUCUUCUUCCUAGAGGUGUCACUGGGCCAGUUUGCCAGCCAGGGGCCAGUGUCUGUGUGGAAGGCCAUUCCAGCUCUACAAGGCUGUGGCAUCGCAAUGCUGAUCAUCUCUGUCCUAAUAGCCAUAUACUACAAUGUGAUUAUUUGCUACACACUUUUCUACCUGUUUGCCUCCUUUGUGUCUGUGCUGCCCUGGGGCUCCUGCAACAACCCUUGGAACACACCAGACUGCAAAGAUAAAACCAAACUUUUAUUAGAUUCCUGUGUUAUCACUGAUCAUCCCAAAAUACAGAUCAAGAAUUCGACUUUCUGCAUGACUGCCUAUCCUAACUUGACAAUGGUGAACUUCACCAGCCAGGCCAAUAAGACGUUUGUCAGUGGGAGCGAAGAGUACUUCAAGUACUUCGUGCUGAAGAUUUCUGCAGGGAUUGAAUAUCCUGGUGAGAUCAGGUGGCCUCUAGCCUUCUGCCUUUUCCUGGCUUGGGUAAUUGUGUAUGCAUCCCUGGCUAAAGGAAUCAAGACGUCAGGAAAA